AUGACACACCAUGACAUGUUUCCCAUAUUUCAUACACUAUGUAUUCCUGUAUUCUUCGAGAAAUGUCGAGAAAUGAGCCCUCAUAGCUACAGUACAUUAUAUAUGUUCAGCUUGAUGAGAAAAUAUCGAACUGCACCGGCCAUCAUGGGGAGAUUUCACCCAUUGGUGAUGACCCUUGUUAUCUACGCGCUUUCUGAUGUCGCUUUCUCGGGAGCUGUCGGAGUUUCCGCUUACCAUAUGGAUGGGAUGUGGUCGAACCCGUAUUAUCCCUUGCUUCACACGGGAAUCUUAAUGUUUUCUAUUAUGUCGGUGUACUUCAUUGCGUUCAGCAACAUCAAGUUGGCUCUGUCUCUUCACGGAAUGCUUAAGUUUCUGGUUCUUUUGUUGACCCUCCAUUCGGUGUGUUUUCCAGAAUUCUAUCAAAUCAAUAAACAAGAAGGUGUGGCGAUUUGCUUGUACUAUUUACUCACACUCGUCUUCGAAAUGACCGCUUUCUUUGUUAUUAACAAAAUGAACAUUCCAUUUUUUGCUGACGAUGAUGGCUCGGAAUAUUUUGAGGACGAAGACGAAGUUAUGGCCACGUGCUGCUAG